GUCUCGUAACUGCACUACAUAGCUUGUCGACACUUUGUUAAACGAUCGUCAUCUCGAUGCUGGAGGGACACGAAUCCUCAGCCAUUACUGCAGUGUGGAACUUUUUUUUUUAAAUGUGUUAAAAUGUCACAUGUAACUUGGCAAAAAUUGUAUCUAUGCUUUUAACAGAAAGAAGAGAGAAAUCGAAAAAUGAUUGAAUUACGUUACGUGGAAGGGUACUCUGUGGAAUGUCACACCAUGCUUGUAAAUUGUUGCAAGGAACAUUUCUGCUUAAUUGUACGUUUCCGGGGAAUAUACUAUUGUUCAGAGGAACUUGAUCAAAUGAGCGCCCGAAAUAUGGCAAUGUUACUGAAUACUUCAUGAGACGAUCAAAAGUUGGAAUAUAUUCUGGGGACGUUUGGGAAUUUACAACAGACUGAGUUCACCUCAUACAUCAUCACGAUAAUGUUAUCUUUUUCCCCUAUGAGAAGACUCCGAUGAGUGAAGAUUUCUUAAUUGUUAAAUACAACAUAACGAAUGCAAGUGCACAAUGCCGUUAUUGACCUCAUUGAUAUGACAUGUUAUGGAAAGUUAUCUUUAAACACAUGCUGGCUCGACAGCAGAUGGGUGAUGAAAUAUGCUAUGUCGAUCAGCUGAUAGUUUGUUGAUGAAGUCUAUCAAAGAGCCUGUGUAGAAAUGAUCCUCACAGUAAUUUUGUGCCUCCAGUUUUAUUGUGCCUCUGGGGAUUUAUCGAGACAUGAUAUCAUACACAAUCUACUGAGGGAGCCCAAGUACGACCCCCUAAUCGCUCCAAAUUACGAAGAUGAUUUCCCCACAAAUAUUUCGGUUCAACUCAUAAUAAAGAAUAUACAUAGUCUUGAUGAACUUCAUAUGGACUUUUCCGUAGAUGUCAUAUUCAGACAACAAUGGGUGGACAAGCGUUUGGUAUUUAACCAUACAAAAGUAUCUUCUUUGGAGCUGGAUCAGAAGAUGAUCGAGAAAAUUUGGGUGCCCGAUUCUUUCUUUCCGAAGGAAAAGAGAGCUAAAAUUCACGAUGUUACCGUUCCCAACCGUCUUCUACAUAUUUACAAAAACGGAACCGUGUUUUACAGUAUGAGAAUAGAGAUGACCCUUUCCUGUGCGAUGGUUUUACAAAAUUAUCCACUGGACAGGCAGGUGUGUCCAAUAACGAUUGAAAGCUAUAGUUACACAAGGGAAAAUAUAGACUUCCACUGGACCAGCCACAGUCCUGUUCAAAUUCCUUCUGUGUCACUCCCACAAUUCACCAUGCCAGAAACUGUUAAAACAACCUUGUGUGAGACAGAGUACGGAGAAGUUGGAGACUUUGCCUGUUUACUUCUUGAGCUCAGGUUUGAGCGUAACACUGGCUACUACAUUUCGCAGAUUUUCAUUCCAAGCAUACUCAUCGUAGUGUUGUCGUGGGUGUCUUUCUGGGUUGACAUAGACGCUAUUCCUGCACGUGUGUCACUAGGUGUCCUCACAGUUCUCACCAUGACAACGCAAAGUUCCGGUGCACGAAGUGCGUUACCUCGGGUGUCUUACAUUAAGGCCAUUGAUGUUUGGAUGGCUGUUUGUCUUACAUUCGUCUUCAUGGCUUUGUUAGAAUUUGCAUAUAUUAAUGUAGUUUCCCGACGAAAAUCCCGACCAGUUAGCACCAACUCGCAGUGUCAAAUGGUUCUGAAGAAAGGCAUGUCGCCCUCGCCAAUGAUGCCAAUCUUGAAGCACAUCGAUUUUAAGAAGAGAGCACGACAUGUGGAUAAAAUAGCCAGAGUUAUGUUCCCUUUGAUCUUUUUUCUGUUUAAUAUUGGCUUUUGGGUAUUUUACCUGAGCAUAAACACGGAAAAUAAAUUCUAAUGGGACAAGAAAGACCCAGUUUGGUAUUGGUCAUCCUUAGAUGAAAUGAUAAAAAAGAUUGUGAAAGUUAGACAAUCUGCGACCUUUGUCUUGUUUACUAGGGACUAUUCUGUUCAUUUGCAACACCCCUGACAAUCGGAGAUGGUGAAGAACCCCCAAGUAUAGUAACGACUUAAAUGCGCAUGCCUUUCCUUUGAUACAUGUAGCUCUUUUGUGAUUGAGGAAAAUUUGCUUCGAUAGACUGUUUAUGUGGGAGACGAUGUGAAAAAAGCGCUUUUGAUUUACAUUUUUCUGCGAUAACGACUGGUGACUGAACAGAAGAAAGUAUAAUCCCGGAUUGAACUUUUAACAAAGACAGACAGUGAAGUUAAACGGAAGUUCUUUUAUAUUUUGUCUCUGAAUACUCAUGAAUUUACAUCAUACAAUCCCGUGGUUAUAUAGCAAAUGCUUAUAUCAUUGUCGUGCGAUACCGGUGUCUCCGUGUUGUUAUACGCAUACAAGAAAAUAGUCCCACUGCAAAGAAGAUUUAAACAAAGGGAUACUAAAGACAUCGUAUGCUCUACUUCUUUGAUACGCUUGUUGAUGUCUGUUUAUAUACACCCAUCAUGGACGGUCUGUGUUAUGGUAUAACCGUAGUGCGUCUGUCUAUUCGUCUGUCAGCAGCUUGUGGGUCAGUACUGAUAAGGUCAAGGUCAUUAAACUUGUUACAAAUGGUUCUAGUGAGUAGAGGAAGAAGCUAUGCCUACUACGUUACAAAGUUAUAAUUUACAUGGGCAAUUUUUUUGGGGCACAAACUACUAGUAAGGCUAGAAUAAUUACACUCGAUGCACAUACUAGUAUUCAACAAUCACGCACGUGUUACACACGUGUUGUAUAUUGGUAUGGUGCAGUGUUUUGUGUUUGUCUGCUGUUUGUCUGUUCAUACAUUAGCACCUUUUGGAAAGGAUAAAACAAGUACUAACAAGGUUAAGAAAAUCAAACCUAGUAUACAUGUUUCCCAUGCUGUAGUGUUGAUGCCAAGCAAAGAAAAGAAUGAUUUCGCUUUUCUAGUUAUACUUUAUUAGGGAGAAAUCUUUCUUGAAAUUGAUAUUUCUAAGCCAUCUUAAAGAGAACAUUUCAUUGAUACUCUCUGAAAUUUGAGAAAAUGUCCACAGAAAACUACCAGAAGCAUUUUUUGUUAUCUUUGGAUGUUAAUCACUGUAGUACGGAUUACACGUAUAUUGGACCGGCGUAUUUUGGAUGUUAAUCACUGUAAUACAGAUUAUAUUGGAUGGGCGUAUUUUGGAUGUUAAUCACUGUAAUACAGAUGAUAUUGGAUAGGCGUAUUUUGGAUGUUAUCAAAAAUAUUUUGUAUGCAAAAUUUCACAUAUUGAAUCACGCAGACUGACAUAUCAUGGGCUCUUUGGUAUUCUUUGGAAAUAAAAUAUUUGUAACUCAUUACCAAUACCUAUAAAUGAUAAAAUACCAAAAAAAUACAAAUUGCUAUACGCCUGUCGAAGACAGGACGUACUGUGGUAUGGCAUCGUCCGUCUGUUUGUCCGGACCUUGUGGGCAGAAUACAGGCCGAACCGUAAGCUCCAGAAUUUUACAACUUGGUGCAUUGGAUCACCAUCAUGAGAGGAAAAUGUAUAUUGUUUAUUAAGAUCAGAGAUCAAAUGUCAAGGUCGUGGUAUCAUUUAGUAGGGAAACCUUAUAGGCAGGAUACAAACCGAACCGUAAGCUCCAGGAUAUUGCAACUUGGUACAUUUGAUCACCAUGAUGAGUCAAAGAUGCCUAUUGUUUUCAAGAUUAAAGGUCAAGGUCACAAUAUCACUUGGUAGGAACACAUUGCAGGCAGGAUACAAACCGAACUGUAAGCUCCAGAAUAUUAGAACUUACUACAUUUGAUCACCAUAAUGAGAGGAAGAUGCCUUUUAUCUUUCAAGGUCAAGGUCGCAAUAUCACUUAGUAGGCAGGGGUCCCUUUUACAAAACAUUUUAAAUUGUAUUACACAGUUAUAAGUUUAAAUGAAUGAAUUAAAACGUGUCUGAGACUUAAUUGGAUUUUACAUUAACGAGAAAAGUUGGUCGUAAGUUCUUUUAUAAAAUGCACCCCAGUAUACAGACCGAACUGUUGGGGCUAGGACCAUCCACCUAGGUACACAUACACUUUAUGCCUAUUGUUUCUUAAGGUCAAAGGUCAAGGUCGUAGUGGCAGGAUGCAGACCAAAUCGUCGGGGAUAAGACCAUCAAACCUUGUACACAUACAUAUUAUGCCAAGUGAAAAUAUUACAUAGAGAGUACAUGAGUUGUCUGUUUUUAUGAUGCAAGGAAAGUAUGUCACGCCCUGAUUACUGAUACUAUCUAAAGCCAAGUUCUACAAAUCAUGAUGUAAAAAAAACAUCCUAUAUUAACUUUUCACGGGCGUAUUAUGUGCCGAUGGCGGUAUUCUUGUUUGUUGGGAAAGAAAGAUAAAUUCCAACGCUUAUUUCCAUGAAAACUGACCAGCAAAAACGAAAAUAACGACAUUUUAAUUAGCACGAACAGGUGGUACGAAAAUCAGACCAGUUGGAUACAAACACUCCUCUAACACACACACCCCCCCUCUCUCUCUCUCUCUCGAGGAACAAAAACCCCGUACAACACAAAACAGUUGACGAGUAUAUACAUUUCAAAUAACUGUGCGUGUAUAUGUUGACUUUAUGUAACCGGAGAAAUGUUCAUAUGCUCUGAUAUGCAAUUUUUGUUUAGUGUCUGUCGUUUCUUUACAUGUUUAUAAACACCAGUUUUACUCAAGUUCUCGUAUUAUUCUCGCUACAUGUAUGUACAGUUUACUUAUUAUGUACAUUUUUAUCUCUUUAUAAAUUUCUUCAAUAAAAUGUGCCACACAGA